AUGAUGUCCGUGCACGUCCGCGCGGCGCUGUCGGGCGAGCACCUGGGCACCGUCGCCGUGGGCGCAGCGGACACCGCGGGGUCGCUGCGGCGCGCGGUCGUGGGCGCCGGCCUGGCGGGGGGCAGCGGCGCGGCGGGGGUGCGGCUGGUGUUCGGGCCCGGCGCCCUGGCCGACCACGAGCCCCUGGCCUCCGCGGGGCUGCGCGGGGGCUCCACCGUGCUGCUGGCGCUGGCGCCUCGGGGGGGCCUCGUGGCCACCGCCAGCCAGGACGGGACGGCCCGGGUCUGGUCGGCCAGCGACGCCGCGUGCCUCGCGGAGCUGCGGGGCCACCGCGGCGGCGUCAACCACGCGGCCUUCUCGGGCGACGCCGCCCACCUGGUCACCGCCAGCGCGGACGGGCAGGCGAGGCUCUGGAGGCUCGAGGACGGCAGCUGCCCCGUGGUCUUUGCGGGGCACCACGAGCCCGUGAACACCGCGAGGCUCUCCCCGGACGGCUCGCUGGUGCUCACCGCCUCCGACGACGGCACCGCGAGGCUCUGGCGCGCGGAGGACGGCACCUGCCUCCACGCCUCGAGGGCCACUCCCAGCGCGUAA